AUGGCGUCGGUACACCUCACUCCUCGUGGAGAAGCAAACUUCGAUCUUUUCCCGUACAACCCUUCAAUUGGCGCUGGAUACGCCUAUAUGGUCAUGUUUGGGAUCAUGGCUAUCGCACAUAUCGUUCUUAUGUCUAUAUAUCGGAGUUGGUAUUUCAUCCCCUUCAUCCUCGGAUGCAUAGGCGAAGCAGCAGGCUACUACGGCCGCGCCUGGGCGCACGACAACAUCCGCAACGGCACACCCUACCUAAUCCAAAUGAUGCUGAUCCUCGGCUCCGCACCUCUCCUCGCAGCAACCGUGUACAUGACGCUCGGCCGCCUAGCUCGCAACCUAGAUGCAAACGACUACUGCCUCAUCCGCUCGACCUGGAUUUCCAAAAUCUACAUCGUCAUCGACAUUGCGAGUUUCGGGUGCCAGAUGGCUGGUUCCGCAGCGCAGGCCAGCGGGCCCGAGGGAGCUUUGCAAGGCAUAAAGAUUGUAAAGAUUGGGCUUUCGAUUCAGCUUGUCGCGUUUGGGUUGUUCCUUGUUAUGGUUGUGGUGCUGCACACUAGACUCCGCGGCAGUCCCUCCAGUGUCUCUGAACGGCCACGUGUGAGCUGGGAGAAGCACUUCUACGCGCUGUACGUAGUCAGUGUUUUGAUUGUUGUACGGAGUCUGUUUCGCCUGAUUGAAUUUGCUCAAGGUCCGGAUGGCCAUAUUCUCAAGACGGAGUGGAUGAUGUAUGUGUUCGACGCUUCGCUUUUGCUGGCGAGCACUGUGUGCUAUGCAGUCAUACAUCCUGGCAGGCUGUUCAGAUACAUUCGGAAGGUCGACGGCUCGGCUUUUGAGAAUAGCGAUGAUGGACGUGUGCCGCUUAACAAGUACGCUGGGAAAUGA